AUGCCGGGGAUGCUGGCCGUGGCGCUGCUCUCGGUGGGCGUGUCCCUGUCGCUCUGCGUCGUGCCCGCGCUAGCACGUCUCACGGUCUUUCCCCUGCUCUUGGCGCUCGUGCACAAGUUCGCAGCCGCGUAUGUGACGGACAGCGUCCGCAUUGAGUUUUGCUUUGGCUCGUGUGCCUUGCGCAAGCACCGCAGUGCCAGCUCGGAGCUCGUGCGUGGCGUCACGAUCUCGCUCUUCUUUGUCACGGUGCAGAGCGAGUUCCUCAAGUCACUGGCGUUUGUCAAGCAAGGACUCGCACCUGUUGAGCUCCAGCGCGUGGCGAUUGAGAAGAUUGAGAUUCAUGUAGCCACGACGUGGAAAAUGGUGGUGAAACUCGAGGGCGUGAGUGUAGACGGCCGGAUCGUGGACCCUAAUGUGGACGGCGUGUUUGAGCUGCAAGACGCGGUGGCAAUGAAGCUAACUGAAGCGGCGAAUUGGAUCACGCUGCUAGAUGUAGAGCGUAAGAAAACAGAGCUGAGACAGAUUGCGGCACAGGUGGACAUCCACGUCAGCAAGUUGCGAGUUACUGUCACGGAACUGACUCCUGGAGCUGCUGCCGUUGACGGUCAUGAUGAAGUAAACGAAGAGAAGGAUGGCAUGGAUGCAGACGAGGCCACAAAUGGCUCGAUCUUCGGGCUUCUGUUGAAACCUACACGCGUGAGCUUUGCUCUGGACUCGUGUGACGUGUUGUCGGAUGUGUUGCACGAAAACGUAGACGAGGCGUUGCAACUUAUCUUGACUUCAGAGGAGAUCAAGGUGGAGCACGCUAUGAGCAUGAAAGGUGGGAGCAUCUGUGCUACUGUUGUAGACGGUGAAGACGGAAGUGAAGAGGUCGUAGUGGAGAAGAAGGUGGACUUACUGAAGGGCAAAAGGGAAAAGAGCCCUGGCGAAAAACCACUACUGUCCUUUUCAAGUUUGGCCGUAAAGCUGCAUGUACCACCCAUGCCACGAGUACUAGGUAUCGUGGAGGACAUCGCUCCUAUUUCGAUGAUGAACCGUGGGGCGCAAGUGGAGCUACUAUCUUCAUCGACGAUCAACAUCUCGAUCACACGUGAGUUGGUGGUGGGAGUACUUCGCGACCUGGUCGUUCCAUACAAUGACCACCAGGUGCUAGUGCAGUCGGUGCGAACGCUGGAACAUGAUGAAAGUGUUCGCAAGCCCAUGUUUGAGGAGGACGAGAAAUUUAAUGUGAGCAAUUUCGACAAGGAGGAUAGUAACAAGUCGCUAUCUAGCCAACAGAAGGCGGAGAUUACUGAAAAAUCGCGCACACUCGAAAUAGCGAUGUCGCUGAACAAGAUUCUUAAGCUGCGCAGUCGGGCGACUGGAUUGGCCAAGUACUACCGCCGUGAUCAAGACGAGCUUACCCUUGCUGAUGUCAAGGCAAUCGUGCUAGAGAACGCAACUAAGACAAGCAACAUCGUUUUCAGGGUACUGCAGAUCGCGUUGCGCUCGGACAGUAUCGUGAUUGGGUUUGUGGAAAGGGAUCACCAAGUCUCAGAGAUGGCAGUGGUCGGCUUUGGCGCCAAUGUGCACACCUAUGCAAUUGCGGAAGAUUCUGACGCGGCAGCGGAGCCACGGAUGCUGAUGGCCCAUAUAAACCAAUUUGAAAAUGGAAAACAUGCUGUUUGUGCUAGCUUGAACAAUGUAAAGGUGAUCCUGGCAGUGGGCGCGCUGAUACGCUUUUUGCUGUAUGUGUAUCGACUGAGCACGAAGUCUGCGCAAGUUCUGUCGACUGCGCGUCCACCUCCAACACCGGCUACUUACUCUGAGCAAUUGCCUGUGUCGGUGGAUAUUGCCGAAAGUGAGAUGGAGACGAUGACGAAGGAGGUACCAAUGUCUUCGUUCAGCUUGUUUGGUGAGUUAUUGCUGAAACUUGACGUCAGCAUGAGCGACUGCCGCAUCCUCUUGCUUCCUACUCCAUCUUAUUCAAAGUCACUGUGUACGGGUGUGAAUGUGGAGACAUGGCAAAAUGACUACGAAGUGGACUGUCACGGGGAUAUACCAGUGACAUUCAGCAUUUGUCUCGAAAGCUCUAAGGUAAAGGAGUCGAUGGAGUUCAACGCGCAAAGUUUUAGUAUCGGUGCGCAAUACGUUCAUAACCCCAAGGAGAUGGAAACAAUCCUGGCCCCAACAAACGUGACGUUGCACUUCGCGCUAGAACAAGACUCCGUAGACUCUUUGACGUGCCACCAGAGCGUUAUGGUGCAUAUGCCAGAUGUCUUAGUUUCUGGAUCAGACCUGAGUUUGUCGCUGUUGGCGUCUUGUGCUGAAGCACUUGGUGAGCUGCUUCUAUUAUUGCGCCGCGUCAAGAUUGGUGAUACGUUGCUUGAGAGCGAGUUAGGGUAUCUGGUUCGUGCACUCUUCAAAGAAAUCGAUCAGGACGGCGACGGGUUUCUGGAAUUCCAAGAGCUACGAGCAUACUUGCGUGGUGACCUGUUGUCCGAUAACUCGGUAGCAGCUUCGGGUGCACCGUCGGGGAAUGGCAGCAAUGCUCUCAGUGGCUUUCUUAAUUUGCGCGGAAGCGAGUACGAUUCGUCCAAAGUGAUCAACAAGAUGAGCGAGACGAAGAUUGCGUGUUCUGAACAACUCGCAGAGUGGAUUCAGCGUCCUGUGUUUGUCGAACGGUUUUGGGAGCUGUUUGAGAGUGAAGCUCACCUUACGAAACGCUCCCUGUGUGAUCAGGAUCCGCUGGAUGUGCAAAAGAAGUUAGUACGUUUGCUGAAUAACUACGAUGCCGCAAAUCUCAUGUGGGAUGCUUUGGUUUUGCCUGUGUUGGAAGAUCUUUGUACGGACCACGCCUUUUGCGAGUGGCUACUGCAACCAUUCACACAUUGCGGAGGUCUCAGAGAGUACCAGAGUGCGGCGAAAGUUAUCGCAAAAAAGAAACGCGGUAUUUUUAGUGCAGCCAUGAAUGAAGCAGAACAUUUGAUUAGCAAGCUUACACAGAGCGCCAACCCGGUGAAGAAGGAGCUGCGGCUUACGACGGACGUACGAAUGGGGAACCUGCGGCUCGUUCUAACGGACACAGAGUUGCCCACUCGUUUCUGUCGUGGUGAUUUCGUCAUCAAAGAUGUGAAAUUGUCAGUGAGGUUGACUGGCAAAGAGAUCGAUGAAAAUGGUCCCGUAGAUUGGGUCGGUUUGGCUACAUCUGGCGAUUCCGACUGGAUGGGGCUGUUUGGGUUCAAGCUGUCGUCGUCAUGUUGUAGUGAAGCUGCUGCUGACAUGGAAUUCAUUAUUGAGCCAUGGGAGCUGGUUGUAGGCCUGUCUUCUAGCGAUGGCGAGAAUGGGUUUUCAGUGUUAAUGGAGGCUGCAAAAUGA